AUAUAUAAAAGGCCAAAGAUCACCAAGUUCCAAUGUGUAAAAACUCAUAAAAGUCUUCUUCUUGUAUAGAUGUGUGAAUUAGUGAUUAUUAUUAGUAGUAAUAAUAUUAUACUUUGGUCUAGCUUAUUCCCUCCUCAUCAUCAUCAUCAUGACCAGAAAUGAAGGAGCUAAUUUCCAUGGUUUUUUGUCUUCCUCUACCAAUAUCAAACUCCUGAUUUGAGGGUGCUACCUAGUUAGAUUAUUAUUAUUAUUAUUAAUUAAUUAAUUUCAUCACCAACAACAAGAGAAGAGUCUACUAGGACAAACUAUAGUCUCUAUACUUAAUUAUUAUCAUCACUACUAUCAAUACCUAUAUUUUGUGGUCAUUAAUAUUCAUUUCAAAAAUGUCAAAUAUCACAGCAGCAGGUGAGGAAGGAAGUUUCUCUUCAGGGAACAAUAAUAAUAAUAAUAAUAUUCAUAUUAUUAACAGUAGUACUACAACUACUGGAGAUGAAGAAGUUAUUCAGGGAAAUAAUAAUCAUCAUCAUCAGAAAAAACAGAUACCAAUUAGUAGUACUAAUAGCAACGAUUCUUCUUCUCAUCAUCAACAACAACAAUCAGUACUCUUGCCUAAGAAGAAAAGAAAUCUUCCAGGAACUCCAGAUCCAAAUGCUGAAGUUAUAGCUCUAUCACCAACAACAUUAAUGGCAACGAACCGUUUUGUGUGUGAGAUAUGCAACAAAGGGUUUCAAAGAGACCAAAAUCUUCAGUUACACAGAAGAGGUCAUAAUCUUCCAUGGAAGCUUCGGCAGAGAACGACAACAGAGGUGAAGAAACGGGUCUACAUAUGCCCCGAGCCCACAUGUGUUCACCAUAACCCGACCCGAGCAUUAGGUGACCUCACUGGCAUCAAAAAACACUUCAGCAGAAAGCAUGGUGAGAAAAAAUGGAAAUGUGAUAAGUGUUCUAAGAAAUAUGCUGUUCAAUCUGAUUGGAAGGCUCAUCAGAAGACUUGUGGCACUAGAGAAUACAAAUGUGACUGUGGUACUAUUUUUUCCAGGAGAGACAGCUUUAUUACCCACAGGGCCUUUUGUGAUGCAUUAGCAGAAGAAAACAACAAAGUAAACCAAGGACUAAUGAACAACAACAAUAUGAAUAUGGGACCAAAUUUAUUAUCACAACAGACACAAAUGCCGGAUCUUAUGCCAUCAAUGCCCUUGACUACUAACACAUCCAUUAAUGGGCUUUCUGAUUUCAAGUCCAUUCCUCAAGAGCUUAUCCCAAUGCCUUAUAAUAAGCCCAUGAACAAUAUGGCCCCUGGAGGCAUGUUUUCCACCAGCUCAGGCCCACUUUUCGGAAGCCCAAGAGGCAUUUCCACAUCUUCAGCCUCUAGUCUCCAGCUUAGCUCCAAUAGCUCCUCUGGCUUUAAUUACCUCCAAGACAACAAAAAUGCGAGCGGCCCAAUUCUUGCAGCUGGAUCGGCCCAUAUGUCUGCCACGGCCCUACUCCAAAAAGCGGCCCAAAUGGGAGCCACAGCAAGCAGUAGCAGUAUAAACUCUCCUAUGAUACAAAAGAGCUUCAGUAGUACUAGUAGCAUGGCUGGCCCACAUAUUCCUCCUCAUCAUGACCAACUCUCUCAUGUCAAACAGGCCCAGGCCCAGGCCCAGAUGCAACUCCAUCAUAUUAACCCUGCUUACGAUCACCACUUUCAAUCUCAACCAUCAGAUCCAUCCAGCAUGGUUGACAUCAACGGUAGAGAAGGAGGGUUCAAUCCUACUCAUAAAAGUCAACAAGAAUUACCACAUUCUUUUGGUCCUAAUAAUAGCCAUGACAUGGGAAUGUAUAGUCAAAUGUUCUUGAACAAUACUAGUGCCACUACUAUUCUAGAACAAGAAGAUAGUAGUACUAAUUCUAGUUCCAUGCAUGGAAAAUUUUCAACAGAGAGGAAUAUAACAGGGUUGUCAAGGUUCGCAGAGACCGGUGGUGGUGGUGGUGGUGGUGGUGGUGGCAAUGGUGAUGGUGAUAGAAUAAUGGUUGAUUUCAUGGGCAUUGGAGAGUCAAGGCCAACGAAUGGUAUGCAUGAUCAUCAUCAAUUGGAAGUAAUGAGACAAAACAGAAUGCCUCCAAUGAUGAACAAUCACACAUUUCAGCAACAAGUCUCCCAUGGAGAUUCUGGGAUGGAAAAGUCCUCCAUUUGGGGAGAUAUAUGAGGAAAAAAAAUUAAGCAAAGGUUACAAUUUAAUUAAAUAUUAAUGCUAUGACAGUUUCACAUGAGACAUGGUAAACCUUACAAAAUAUUUAACUCGAAGUUGGGCUAUGGCUCUAGUGGGCUUUUCUAAAGCCCAUUUUUAGCUAACUAUAUACAAGAGAUGUCUUCUUUUCAAUCAAGUUCAUAUGUUACGAAUUACAAUCUAACUAUAUUACACAA